UCACAGCAAAGCUUCUUCUACAAGUUUCGGUCUCUCUCUCUGUCUCUCUACUCUCCAGUCUCGCCUCCGAUACUGAGAUUGAAAGCGUUGAUGGCUGCUGAUCAGGAGGCAGAGAGGGAAGUGGGAGUUGAUGAAGAAGAAGAGAGAUGGGUGAUGCACUAUUCGUCGAAUCAUCAAAUACUUUUGGUGGGUGAAGGGGAUUUCUCUUUUUCUUUGAGUUUGGCGCGCUCUUUUGGCUCUGCUUCAAAUAUCCUCGCUUCUUCUCUCGACUCUUAUGAUGUCGUGAUCAAGAAGUACAAGGCAGCAAAAUCGAAUUUGGAAAAUUUAGAAAAGCUGGGGGCAUCCCUCUUACAUGGAGUGGAUGCAACUAGGAUGAAAUAUCAUACUGAUUUGAAAAUGCGUAAAUUCAAUCGGAUUGUCUUCAACUUUCCUCAUGUAGGGUUCUAUGGAAAAGAAGACAAUGAAGAGCUGAUUAAAAUGCACAGAGAACUUGUGAAUGGCUUCUUCUCCAAUGCAAAAGGCAUGCUUCGAGCAAAUGGUGAAAUUCAUGUAAACCACAAAACUACGGCUCCAUUCUGUAAGUGGAAUAUACCGAAACUUGCUUCAAAGAAUUCUUUGGUAUUGGUCGGGUGUGUUGAUUUCAAGAAAGAAGACUUCCCAGGUUAUAACAAUAAGAGAGGGGAUGGUUCGAGAUGUGAUAACGCCUUCCCUUUGGGUAAGUGCAGCACCUUUAAAUUCAUGAUCAGGUUCAACCAUACUAAAAAAAAGUCUCAAGGACGGGUCACACAAUUGUAUUCAUCAGUACACGGAAGAUGUCAGCAAUUCCAAGGGGUAGUUCCGAACCAAAUGCAGCAGUGUUCAACAUCAAUUAAUUUUAGUUAUCCUCUAGCAUCUUGUCACUUGACAAAGUUGGAAGAAACUUCGGAGCAUGUGCGAUUGCCGUUAACAAUUGGCCCUAGAAAUCAACUCUCUGGAAUGUUUGAUGGGCACUUGCAUAAUCCUACAGAAAUAUUUGGACGGACUAAUUAUGCAGCUUGUCACUUGACAAAGUUGGAACAAACUUCCGAGCAUGUGCGAUCGCCGUUAACAAUCGGCCCUAGAUAUCAACUCUCUGGAAUGUUUGAUAGGCACUUGCAUAAUCCUACAGAAACAUUUGGACGGACUAAUUAUGCAGCUUGUCACCUGACAAAGUUGGAACAAACUUCAGAGCAUGUGCGAUUGCCGUUAACAAUCGGCCCUAGAAAUCAACUCUCUGGAAUGUUUGAUGGGCACUUGCAUAAUCCUACAGAAAUAUUUGGACGGACUAAUUAUGCAGCUUCUCACCUGACAAAGUUGGAACAAACUUCAGAGCAUGUGCGAUUGCCAUUAACAAUCGGCCCUAGAAAUCAACUCUCUGGAAUGUUUGAUGGGCACUUGCAUAAUCCUACAGAAAUAUUUGGACGGACUAAUUAUGAUUUAAGCGAGUCCUUUCAUGCACCAAGGCUUCUUGGUGUGAGAGACUUUGCAGAAAUUCCAAGAAGAAACUUGAGCGGUCACCUAAACUUUUUUGGUGAGAACCCUUUGAGCACUUUGCAUCCGAGAAAAUUGGUGUUGGACUAUGGUUACGAACUGAAGGCAAGGAGGGAUGCACUGGAUCGACAGUACCUGAGAAUGUUGGUAUGUGCAGAGGAACCAGCGUACUGGUGAAUACAAUAUGUAUGUUUUUUCUGGCUGGUAGGAUAUUCUGCAAACUAGUAAAGCAGUGGUGCGUAGGACUUUUAAAAGCUGUGGUAAAGCAGUGGAGCGUAGGACUUAUAAAAGCUGUGCAUUGUAUAGGCUACAGUUUCAUGUUCUUGGUAGCUUAUCUCUUGCCAGCAUCCACUUUUUGGUUGUGUUUAGACGUUAUAAUCUGAAAUUUCUAUGCUAAAUGGUUGCCCUUAUGUAACAAGUUGCCAGCUUUUGAAAAUUAGAGAGGUUUUGCUUCCAUUGUUCAGUGUGUUAUUUUCAUGGACUUGUAUAUUUUGACCCAUUAUGAAGUAGUUUCGGAAGGAUUUUGAUGGUU